GGAAGCUUUUUUUUGGGCCACGUUUUGCAUUACCAACGUCGAUGUAUUCGAAUUUCCGUUUUCGAUAAUGGAACAAGUCUUUUACGCGCCGGUUGGAAAACCAUUGAACAAGUCCAACUCAUCCCCUUACUUUACAGAAAACUGCGUAAUAUGUUUAGAGAAUCAAUCUACUAUUGAACUUAGGCCUUGUGGUCACGCCAUUAUCUGUCAAGCUUGCGUGUCUCGUUUGGACGAGACGCUAUGUCCUCUAUGUCGCCAAACGGUGCAGGUCAUUCGAGUAAAAGGCGCCAAAGAAUUGUAUCCAUUUAAACCAAAAGUAGAUGAAACCCAAACGAUUGAAGAGAGGAAAGGACACUCUAGGCCAAUUUCUGCUGAGAAACAACUCGUUUUGCCUGGUGAAGGUCGCAGCCAACCAGUUUCAUUUCCUAUGGAUAAGGAAUGUCAAGGUCACUUGGAAUUGGAGGUUCCUUUCUCCAAUAUUUUAGAAGAAAGGCGUGCCUUUGAGAGUUUUGUUCGUAGGCGAACAUAUCAAGUUGUAGUUUCAGGUUCCGUCGAAGUGAAUACGAAAGCACUCGUUAAUGAAGUCAUUACAAGGUUUGAAAGCAACCUCGAAACCAUCCGCGUGGAGGAUUUUGAAAGCUUUGAUCAACAGAGGUCCAAGAAUACUGCAAAGAUUGAGUUCUUUUCGGACGACUAUUAUGAAGGUUCAGCUCAAAGUGAACCUUUGACAACUAUGAACCAAUCUAUUCCUUUGCAUACUCUGUUCGACACUACUUCGUCAGCUGAGGCUUAUCUUGCCAAUGCUUGUAUUGAAAAUAUUCCUCUUCAUAUAAGAAGCUUCAGAAUUUGGGAACUUAUCCGCACGCUGCGACAGCAAAAGAAAAGGAAGCAAGACCUUUUUAUUCUUUGUUGUUCAGCAUUUUCAGAGAUUUCCUUGAACGAGUUGAUAGCUUUGGAUGAGGUGGUAUCUGUGCGCUAUGUAUUGUCUACACCUCGAAUAUGGGUAUUUCUCGAUGUUCCACUAUCUGAAAGCGAAAAGUCUCUUGAAAGAAAGUUGACUUUUGAACAAGUUGAAGAAGCAUUUUUAAAGGUACCUAUUCAUAGACGUGCAUCGAAGAUUUUACAUAUCCAACAGUUGGAUGAGCAAAAUAUGGAGCUAUUAGGACACGACAUCGUAUCCUUAACGAAACAAGGGCGUCGUCUAGAGCGAUGCAACUCUGUCAACAAUUUAUGUUGUUUUAUGUAACGUCUCAAUAUUGUUGUCGUUUGUUGAGUUUUAUCGUUGUUUAUAUAUUUUAGCGAAUGCGUUGUGAGUUUUCAAAGUGCAUCAUUGUUUUUUAUUGGUUCCUUUUAGGAAAUAAAGAACAGAAGAGGCACUUGACUGAAAAUUGAAUUUUUUUU